AUGACCAGCAAACCAACAGCCAACUCAGCCUCUAAGGCUUCUAAGCACAAGUCCAAGAAGUCAGCUUCCAAGUCUAUCGUUUCUGAGGGCUCCAAUGAUGUUGCGGCAGCACCUGCCCCAGAAGUCCCUGCAGAGGGUGCCAAUGGCUCUCAGGGAGGAGAGAAGGUAGAGAAGGCGGAGAAAGAGUACAUGAAGGAGGUCUCAAAGCGACUUAGAAGACAGACCAAGAAGAUGGACAACAUCAAAAAAUCUGAGGAUAAGAUCAAGGAUCUCACCGAAGAAGAGCAAGCCAUUACUAAACUCAUCAAUACCGAUGAGCGCAGUAAAAUUGCUGGCAAGCCCAUUACCUCCGCUGUAUUCAAAGAACUGAGCGAGAUUCACGAUACCCUUAAGAAGGUUGCCGAGGCCGAGGACAAGCGUGUUGAAGAGGAAAAAGCCGAGGCUGAGGCCAAAUUCGCCAAAGCUGUCGCCGAAGCCAGGGAGCAGGGAAGACAGGAAGGUCUUGAAGAGGCUACCGCCAAGAUCCUAACUGUUGUUAGGUUUUUGAGGUUGGCUGGGUACAGGAGGCAAGCUAAGAGUGGAAACGAUCAAGAAGAUGAUGCCAUCGAGAGAAUUUUGGUCCUAGUUUAUGGUGGUGAUCAGAGCGCAGUUGACGUCUGCAUGAAACUUGCGAAUGGAUCUGAUGAGAAAAUCGAUGAUUUCGACGUCACUUAUUCCCAAAUCAAGGACACCGCCGCCAAUCUCAGAGUUAUGGGAGAGGAGGAACCGGCCGAGGAGCUUGAGCCUGAGCAAGAGGAUUUUAAGGUUGAGUCGGAAGAGAUCGAUGCCGACGCCCAGCCCCCUACUGAGGAAUCUCAUAACGAAGAUCCGUCAGGCAACAUUGCUCAGCCUGAAGUAGUCGAGGAGGGUGUCCCUCCCCCACAAACUUACACUAACGGCGAAGUUGAGGCACCUACCUCAGUCCCAGCUGCGUCCAUUACCGCAGACGAUGCUGCCAACGAGGAGGCCAAGGCCGUCGAAACUGUAGAAGCUACUCCCGAGGUUCCUGAGGCUGUUGUUCCGAACGAGACAUCGGCCGAAACCACUGGCCCUGUCACCGACGAUCCCGUCGCCGCCGGUGAUGUCCCCACUGCGGAUACAAAAUCCUGGGCCGAUGAAGAAGUCAAGGCCCCUGAAGCUGCCACCGAAACUUCACCAGAAAACAAGGAGUUCCAGAAUGUCGAGCGUCGUGGAGGGCGUGGACGUGGAGGUCACCGCGGAGGCCCCAGAGGGGACUUUAGGGGAGGAUACCGCGGCCGAGGCGGUCACCGCGGCGAUAGAGGAGGUGAAUAUCGCGGCCGUGGUGGUGGAGAGUACCGUGGUAGAGGUGACGGAGAUUUCCGUCCCAGAGGUGAUGGGGAGUACCGUGGAAGAGGUGAUGGGGAGUACCGUGGAAGAGGUGACGGUGAGUACCGUGGAAGAGGGGGAUACCGUGGUAACAGGGAGAGGGGUGAUGGCGAGAACCGUGGAGGGUAUCGUGGUAGGGGACGCGGCGAUCACCAGCAUCACCAGGGCGGCCAGCAGCAGCAGUACCAGCAGCCACAGCCACCAGCUGCAAUCUCUACUUAG